GCGCCGGGCUGCGGUAACAUCACCGGCGUGCGCCGGCCGGGGAUGCCGGAAGUGCGGAGCGAGCGGCGCAGCCGGGCUCCCGCCGGGCCAUGGCCGCCGCCCGCUCGCUGCCGGGCCGUGCCGGGCCGUGCCCGCUGCAGUUCGCUCCGUUCAGCAGCGCGCUGGACGCCGGCUUCUGGCACGAGCUGACCCAGAGGAAACUCACCCAGUACCGGCUGGACGAGACCCCCAAGCUCAUCAAGGGCUACUACUACAACGGUGAUCCUUUGGGUUUGCCAGCUCGCUUGACACUGGAGUUUAGUGCCUUUGAUAUGAAUGCUUCAAUACCAGCACGUUGCUGUCCUGCUUUUGGAACAUUGUAUAACACCAACACUUUUGAGACUUUCAAAUCCUGUGAUAAGAAAGCACUCCUGGACAAGGAAGCAAAUGAGAUCUGGGAAUCAAUCAAAUCUGGAGCUGCUCUGGAGAACCCAAUGCUCUUGAACAGGUUCCUGCUGCUGACAUUUGCAGAUUUAAAGAAGUAUCAUUUCUAUUACUGGUUUUGCUACCCUGCUCUCUGCUUCCCUGAUGGAAUUCAGAUAACUCAGAAGCCUGUCUGUCUUGGGGACAGGUUCUCACUAAAUCAGAUCCAAGCCCUGCAGAAAGCCUAUGAUGACCUCUGCCAGGAGGAGGGGGUGACAGCCCUGCCUUAUUUUUUAAUCAAGUAUCAUGAUAAUUCUGUCAUGAUAUCCCUGCUGAAAAAGUGGGAUGGCUUCUUUCAAGACCAAGGAGGAAAGGUGACAGUUGGAGUUUAUGAUCCUUGUAAUUUAUCCCAGUACCCAGGAUGGCCACUGAGAAACUUCCUGAUCCUGGCAGCCCACAAAUGGGGCAGUGCUCUGCAGAAGGUUGAAGUGCUCUGCUUCAGAGACAGGACCAUGCAAGGGGUGAGAGACAUCUCACACAGCAUCAUCUUUGAAAUCAAACUGCCAGAGGCACCCCUGGGCCCAGAUUGUCCAAAAGCUGUUGGAUGGGAGAAAAACCAAAAGGGAGGCAUGGGGCCACGGAUGGUGAACCUCAGUGAAUGCAUGGAUCCAAAAAGGUUGGCAGAAUCAUCUGUGGAUCUGAAUUUGAAGUUGAUGUGCUGGAGGUUGGUGCCUACUCUGGAUUUGGAGAAGAUUGUGGCUGCCAAGUGUCUGCUGCUGGGAGCUGGCACCCUGGGCUGUAGUGUUGCAAGGACCUUGAUGGGCUGGGGGGUGAGGAAAAUCACUUUUGUGGACAAUGCAAAGAUCUCCUACUCCAACCCUGUGCGGCAGCCGCUCUACGAGUUCGAGGAUUGCCUGAGUGGGGGCAAGCCCAAGGCUCUGGCAGCAGCAGACAGGCUGCAGAAAAUCUUCCCAGGAGUGAGCUCUGAGGGUUAUAACAUGAGCAUCCCCAUGCCAGGCCACCCAGUGAACUUCUCAGAGGUGACCAUGGCCCAGGCUCGGAAGGACGUGGCACAGCUGGAGGAGCUCAUCGAAGCCCAUGACGUGGUGUUCCUGCUGAUGGACACCAGGGAGAGCCGCUGGCUGCCUGCUGUCAUCGCAGCCAGCAAGAGAAAGUUGGUCAUCAAUGCUGCCUUGGGAUUUGACACUUUUGUUGUUAUGAGACAUGGCCUAAAGAAACCAAAACAGCAAGAAUCUGGUGAUUCACAUUUCAGCAACGCUUCUGCUUCUUCUGAUCUGCUGGGAUCCUCACUGUUCUCAAAUAUCCCUGGCUACAAACUGGGCUGCUACUUCUGCAAUGAUGUUGUGGCACCAGGGGAUUCCACCAGGGAUCGGACACUGGACCAGCAGUGCACGGUCAGCCGGCCUGGACUGGCCAUGGUGGCUGGAGCCCUGGCAGUGGAGCUCAUGGUUUCUGUGCUGCAGCAUCCAGAAGGUGGUUAUGCUGUGGCCAGCAGCAGUGAUGACAGAAUGAAUGAACCACCCACUUCCCUUGGGCUUGUUCCUCACCAGAUCCGAGGAUUUUUAUCCAGAUUUGAUAAUGUUCUUCCAGUCAGCCUGGCAUUUGAUAAGUGCACAGCCUGUUCAGCCAAGGUCCUUGAGCAGUAUGAACGAGAAGGGUUUAAUUUCCUAGCCAAAGUUUUUAAUUCUUCACAUUCCUUCUUGGAAGACUUGACAGGUCUGACUUUAUUACACCAGGAGACACAGGCUGCUGAGAUCUGGGACAUGAGUGAUGAUGAAACAGUUUGAAAUCAGGUGCUGAGGAGGAGGAGGAUGCUCUGGAGUGCAGCCCUGCCUUUUAUCUCUGCUUUGAGGAGUUAAUGAUUGCUUACCCCUCCUGACUGCUGGAAAGACAAACAAACAGAACCCACGUUUUGCCAUGAAUAACUUCUCUGGAAAAGCAGUCUCUCAUGGACAGAACUCACCAUGUUUUCAUUUUAUUGUGUAAAUAACUGCAGCAAUGUGUUUGUCUUUAAA